ACAGUAUUGGGAACUGUGCUUUUGGACUUUGAUGCUGAUGCUUGUCAAAGUCCUGCACGAGCUUAUCUUUUAGACGUAUGUUUACCAGAAGAUCACGCAAAAGGGCUGUCUACAUUCACCAUAAUGGCAGGAAUGGGAGGAUUUUUUGGUUAUUCAAUGGGAGGUCUAAACUGGGACGAGACUGAAAUCGGACGGCGAUUGGGUGGACAUGUGAAGGCCGUCUUUUCAAUAAUAACAAUAAUUUUUAUAAUGUGUGUUGCAUUUACAAUAACCAGUUUUGCCGAAAUCCCUCUUUGGGUACUCGCAAAUGCGGAUUCAAAUCAUGGUAAGGCGGAGUCUAGAUCAUAUGGUGCCUGUGGAAGCAAAGAUGAAACAUAUUCCGUUCCCGAAGAAAAUACACAGGUAAAAACUGAAGUACAUCCGUCCAAUAUAUCCUUAGCAAAUGACUUUGUUGAUGAAACAUGUUUAAACGAAAAUCCAGAUGCUAUACAAGAAAAUGCAGGUGCAAAUGAAGAAAUGAUUUGUAUUACCAAUCUUUUUUGCUGGAUGGCGCAUGUUUGUUAUUCACUUUAUUUUACGGAUUUUGUGGGCGAAGCAGUAUUUAAAGGAGACCCCAAGGCAACUCAAGGAUCUGUGCCUCAACUUCGUUACGAAGAAGGUGUUCGAUUUGGUUGUUGGGGCAUGGCAAUGUAUUCUCUGUCAUGUGCAUUUUAUUCACUUAUUAUAGAAAAACUUAUUCAACAUUUUAGAGCUAAAUCUGUGUACGUUGGAGGACUUCUUUUCUAUUGUAUCGGAAUGGCCUUAAUGGCAUUAACUCGAGCAAAGCUAAGUGUUUUAGUUUUUAGUUGGACAGCGGGUAUUAUGUACUCUACGCUUUUCACUAUGCCCUAUCUACUGGUUGCUCACUAUCAUAAUGUUUCAACCGUAAGUAUUAUAAAUAAGACUGUCACAUAACAUUUACAUUGUAUUUAUUUUUAACGAGGACGGAAGCUAACUUCGGCAAGACGAAGUUUUAAUACCCUUGCAGAUU